CGCGAGGACCACGUCCUCGCGUCGCUCGCGCGCGUCGUCGCGCUCACGUGCACGCACGCGGCCGCCGCGCGGCGGCGGCUCCUCGCGCUGGGCUUCGACUACGAGACGGUCGUCUUCGAGGAGGCGGCGCAGAUCACGGACGCGGAGAGCCUCGUGCCCCUGGCGCUCCAGCGCGGCAACGCGCUCCGCCGCGUCGUCCUCGUCGGCGACGACGGCCAGCUGCCGCCCGUCGUCUCGGAGCGCGCGCUCGUAGCCGCGGGCCUCGGCGCGUCGCUCUUCUCGCGGCUCCGGCGCCUCGGCGCGCGCUGCGUCGUCCUCGACGCGCAGGGCCGCUGCCGCCCGGAGAUCGCCGACGUCUUCCGCUGGCGCUACGGCGGCGCCGCGGGCCUCGGCGACCUCCCGGGCGUCGCGCACGGCGGCGCGUUCGCCUUCGCGAACCCGGGCUUCGCGCACGCGUGCCAGUUCGUCGACGUCGCGCGCGGCCGCGAGGCCGCGCCGACGCCCCACUUCUACCAGAACCUCGCGGAGGCCGAGUACGUCGUCGCCGUCUACGCGUACAUGCGGCUCCUCGGCUACCCGCGCGAGCGCGUCGCGGUCCUCGCGGCCUACAACGGCCAGCGGGCGCUGCUCGCGGACGCGCUCGCCGCGCGCUGCGGCGGCGACGCGCGCCUCGGCAUGCCCGGCGCGGUCGAGACGGUCGACAAGUACCAGGGCCGCGAGGCCGACUACGUGCUCCUGAGCCUCACGCGCACGCGGACGCCGGGCCACCUCGCCGACCCGCGCCGCUUCGUCGUCGCGACGAGCCGCGCGCGCCUCGGCCUCUACGUCUUCGGCCACCUGCCGACGUUCCGCGGCUGCGCGGCCGUCGCGCCCGCCGUCGAAAAGCUC